UUCUAGGCUUAUCUGACAUCUGGAUUUGCAGCAAAACAUAUUCUGGAUUUAGGGAUAGAUAUUAGCAUAUCAUUUCCAUAGUUUAAACAUUGGCCCAGGAGAAAAAUCUUGUUGGCUUGCGUUGCUUCGAGCGAUGGAUUAAUACUGUUUAGUUGAAUGGUUGAGGAUAUAUAAAAUUUAUAGACAAGACGGAGUACUUUUGGUUCACAACGACCUAUUUUGUGUUGCCAUGUGUGACCGAUUUAUAGCCUGAAAGUUUUUCAUUGUCCAGUGUUGGAAGGAGUAAUACUACAACAGAUAUGACCUUGGAACAAGGGGACGGCUUGCAGAUCUAGACGUCGGACGCAUUUGCUACGGAAGGUGAGGGAAACUCCCGCUGUCACAGCUGUGCCCUCGAAAUGAAGGCCUAGCCGAGGAGUACAGUGAACUGCUGAUAGACGAUGUCCGGGGAGACGCUGCCUCUCAAUACUGGGGCGGCGAACAUGGCUGAUCUGGACGCCGUACCUCCGUGGUUCGUGCGCCAUGUCAAGGUGAUAGCCAGGGUUUGGGGGGUCAUCACACUUACAGUGAUUUGGACAACAGCCAUCUGGACUUUAGACGAGCAUUAUAACAGAAAACAUGUCAGCGCGGAGAAGCUGUACGUCAGCUGGUAUUUGAUAGCUAUUGCCAUCUUUAUGACGUUUGUAGAAGUCAUAUGGAUAAUUAACAAGUCUGCGUGCUGUAGACAAGACGGUUGCUGCUUUGCCGUUUGGAGGAUCUUCCUCUGGCUGGACAACUGGAAAAGAGGCGUUCUUUACAUUCUUUUCUCAAUCCCUGCCUUUCUCGAGGGAUUGGGCAUUUAUAUGAAUCUCAUUUGUGGGUUCAUGCUGAUCGUCUUGGGCUGUCUUUACAUUACAAAGACUUUUCGUUACGGAGGCUACACUAUCAUCCGUGAAGUCCGCAGCACUCAGUACGUAGAGUCGGGCGUGGCUAAGCCCCGCGUGAUCACCAUGGAGGUGACAACCCAGACUGACGAUGAUCUUUACUACGCCGAUCUCUUCAACAGGAUAGACAGCAUCAAACCAGUAGAAACCAAGAAGUAGGAGGAGUUUCAGUCGGGAAAACAGGCAGGGCCAACUGGAUGGUUCGCUCUUCUGAGCCAAAUGGAUUGUUUACAAUGCCAUUACAAAUUAGAGAGAUGACUCCAAGAUAAACUUGAACUCAGACCUGAUGGAAUAUCGAGUCACUGCUUCUCUAAGAUACUAAACGUGAUGGGCGGUGCUUAUAUGUGAUUUAUGUUCUCUCAGUUUUUGGAAUAUGGAAGUCUUUUGAAAUGCUUUUCUUGGGAGCAGACGCAGAAUGCUCUUGACGUCACUGUGAAUUGUCUCCUGAUAUACAUGUUUAAUAUCAGAGCACUUCAGUUACAUAAACCAGCCACAUAUAUAGCAUAUGGUACACAGCUUGUGUCCUAAGCGAGAAUUUUGUCGAUACCUAGAGGUCCUACUGUCGUUGUCGAUUACCAACAAUGCAGACAUCAUAUGGCUCAUUAAGCUAGACUUAGAAUUCUAAUUUGUAGGCCCAAAUGCAGUAAGACAGUAAGAGAAGGUAUUUUAGAUACAGCUUUUAUGAUGUGGAUUUUACCCACCAUAAAAACCAUGAAAGAAAAAAAAAAUUGAUGUAGAAAUGAUUAAUCCAGUGGUUGCAGUUUACCGUCUCGUGGUCUUCUACUACGGAACAACAGAACUGUGCCGUAAUGUAGCGUAAUGCAACAUGAGCAAUGCUUGAUGGAACGACUUUACAUAAACCACUCAACCAGUGUUACUAUGCCAACGGUGGCUUGCAAGUUUCAGAAAUUCCGGGCAGAUGACCUAAAAUUUGAUGUGGCCUUAAACUGUUUAAUUAUUUUUAAUGCUUUUGGAUCCCGCGCAACUGAGCGUACUUCCGGUAGCCAGUGAUGAUGGUCCAUGAUGGAUAUGCUAAGAUUCCUACAGUGUUUACGUGACUGGGAUUGAAUCACGAGGACUUUCAAUUUCAUCUGCGCAGAGGUAUUAUAUUUUGCUCUAACCGUAUACUCACAAUGGUGUUAUGUUGAAUUUUAGUGUCCAGAAUGGUAGCGAAAGUAAUAUUAUAAGCCUGAAUGGAAGUAUAUGCGUGAGUUGCAAUGUGCAAAACUGGUGAACUCCAAGUCAUCGACCCUGACUUUGAUCCUGUUUUUCGUGAAAUAACUGCACCAGGAGAUUGUUAAUUGUUAACCACUUUAUAUCUAGACACAUCUGAUGUAGCUGCGUUCUGUCUGACUAAUGUAGAGUCGAUUCCAGAGAGAAGUUUCAAACUGCACUCUUCGAUGUCUCACGCUUUUAAGAGCAGAUUUUAGCAGACCAUUUAAUGUUAUUCUUUUUACUUUUUAAUGAACUAGAAGAUUAAGAUACAGCAAGUUUAGGAAAAAGCCCAGCGCGUACUCUUAACCACUGGGUCAACAUAUAAUUUUCGCUAUUUUGUAAACCCUGCUUUCUCUAUAUACACGAUGAAGUCUUCCUUGACAGCAGUCUUGAAAGUUUUUUUUGAAGGCCUUACCAUGCGGUACAGGCCAACUUCCUUAUGCACACAAGCACAAGUCAUCAUGUUCUCAGCGCCACCUAGGUGGCAGGUACCAGACAUCAUUCACAAAUAUGUACAUGUAUGUAUACAUACAUACAUGUAAACGUUUUCUCAGAAUGUGAACAAAUUUACAGCAUAACAACGUGCUAAAUCGCAAAGUUAUAUAUAUAUAUAU